AAAGCAGAGGUUCCGGAUUCUGGGCCCCGGGAUGAAAGGAGGGCUCGCAGGUGAGAAAGCAAGACCAGCAGGUUGGGAAACCGCGAGGUGAACGAAGCCCUAGUUCGAUGUGGAAGAGGCUGAGGCGAAAGUGAAGACGCUGAAGAAACGGACAGGUUAGACAGACUGCUGCUGUGAAUUCCCCAGGCUCCUUGGGGGGUGGUGUUGCUUUGCCGCAGCUGACAGAGAGAAGUUGGCCACCAUGGAGUCACCAGAGGAGCCUGGGGCGUCCAUGGAUGAGAACUACUUUGUAAACUACACUUUCAAAGAUCGGUCCCACUCAGGCCGAGUGGCUCAGGGCAUCAUGAAGCUGUGUCUGGAGGAGGAGCUCUUUGCUGAUGUCACUAUUUCUGUGGAAGGCCGGGAGUUUCAGCUUCACCGGCUGGUCCUCUCAGCCCAGAGCUGCUUCUUCCGAUCCAUGUUCACAUCCAAUCUGAAGGAGGCUCACAACCGGGUGAUUGUGCUGCAGGAUGUCAGCGAGUCUGUUUUCCAGCUCCUGGUGGACUAUAUCUACCACGGCACUGUAAAACUGCGGGCGGAGGAGCUGCAGGAAAUCUAUGAGGUGUCAGACAUGUACCAGCUGACGUCUCUCUUUGAGGAAUGUUCGCGGUUUUUGGCCCGCACGGUGCAUGUGGGAAAUUGCCUGCAGGUGAUGUGGCUGGCGGAUCGGCACAGUGACCCCGAGCUUUACACUGCUGCCAAGCACUGUGCCAAGACCCACCUGGCCCAGCUGCAGAGCACAGAGGAGUUUCUCCACCUGCCGCACCACCUCCUCACCGAUAUCAUCUCAGACGGAGUUCCAUGUUCCCAGAACCCAACAGAGGUGAUAGAAGCCUGGAUCAAUUUUAAUAAAGAAGAAAGAGAGGCAUUUUCAGAGUCACUCAGGACCAGCUUGAAGGAGAUCGGGGAGAAUGUGCACAUUUACCUCAUCGGGAAAGAGUCCUCACGCACGCACUCGCUGGCCGUGUCGCUGCACUGUGCGGAGGACGACUUCAUCAGUGUCAGCGGCCAGAACAGCCUGUGCCACCAGAUCACAGCGGCCUGCAAGCACGGCGGGGACCUGUACGUGGUGGGUGGCUCCAUCCCGCGGCGCAUGUGGAAGUGCAACAACGCCACGGUGGACUGGGAGUGGUGCGCGCCGCUGCCGCGGGACCGGCUGCAGCACACGCUGGUGUCCGUGCCGGGCAAGGAUGCCAUCUACUCACUGGGGGGCAAGACGCUGCAGGACACCCUGUCCAACGCUGUCAUCUACUACCGUGUCGGCGACAACGUGUGGACAGAGACGACCCAGCUGGAGGUAGCGGUGUCGGGGGCCGCCGGUGCCAAUCUCAACGGGAUCAUCUACUUACUCGGGGGUGAGGAGAACGACCUGGACUUCUUCACCAAGCCUUCCCGACUCAUCCAGUGCUUUGACACCGAGACAGACAAGUGCCAUGUGAAGCCCUACGUGCUGCCGUUUGCGGGCCGCAUGCACGCGGCCGUGCACAAGGAUCUGGUGUUCAUCGUGGCCGAAGGCGACUCUCUGGUGUGCUACAACCCCCUGCUGGACAGCUUCACACGGCUCUGCCUGCCCGAGGCCUGGAGCGCCGCCCCAUCCCUCUGGAAGAUCGCCAGCUGCAAUGGCAGCAUCUACGUCUUCCGGGACCGGUAUAAGAAGGGAGACGCCAACACCUACAAGCUCGACCCUGCCACAUCAGCUGUGACCGUCACCAGGGGCAUCAAGGUGCUGCUCACCAAUCUGCAGUUCGUGUUGGCCUAAGGCGGGCAUGUGGAGAGCAGCUGGCUCGUCCACCCUCCCCUUUCCUCCACCACCUCAGCCACCCUCCAAGCUCCUCUGGACCCUCGAUCCUCCCCUGAGCCCCUGGGGUGAUCUGCUGGGGGCUCCUAGACCACAGCUCUGCUGGCUGCAUGCACCCAGCAGCGCCAGCCUCUCGCCGUCCCUGCACCCUGGGCUUUGCCUCCUCUCCUGAUCAGCGCCAAGUGGACGCAGCCUGCGGCGUGGCUACUUGAGCAUUUCCCACGGAGGAUGGGGGUCAGGGUUUUCCUUACAGCUUUGGGCAGGAGGGUGGACUUCACCAGCAAGAGUCAGCUCUAGGGCUCCUUCCUUCUAGUGUUUUUACAUCUGUCAGCAAAGUGAUUUCAUUUUUCUUUUUAGCCCAUUCCAAGGGUGAGCCAGAAAAACAAGGAAUUAUUUCUAAUUGAUAGCAGAAACUGUUUUUCAAACUCAGUAUAAUGUACAAGGUGUCUGCUCUUCUCAAAGCUCUAAGGUAAAUUAAGAGCUAUAAUCACAAGUUCAUACAAAUAAAGGUUUUUGAAGGGA